AUGGAGACUCUAUCCAGAAGAGUCCUCCCAGACUCCACCCCCCAACUUGUCGACAGCGCCAACGGCAGCGCCAGUGCCAGCGCCAAUACCAACGCCAUGGCGAACCCGACUGGCCAUGAUUCGGAUGCGGUACCGGCAGGUGGAGACGGUUCCGUGUCCCACUCUGGCUCCGGCUCCGGCUCCGACGACGGCUCCGACGACGGCUCCGACUCCUCGACGGCGGACUCCUCGACGGCGACUCAGACUGCACCCCGACGCGCAUCAUAUUUCGUCGCCGCAGACGAGCUCCCCGAGCCGCUGCCGACCGACGCCGCCAUCGCGGCACCCACGCAGGUCCUCAAAGACGUCUUCGGCUGCAUGGUGGUCCGCGUCGGCGAGCACUACGUCGCCAAGUACGGCACCCGCGUCAGCCUGACCGAGGGCGAGAACAUGCUCUUCGCCCGCGACACGUGCGGCCUGCCCGAGGGCUCUUGGCACCAGGCAAACGAAAGGACGGCCAAUCAGAGGUGGCCCGGUGCCAAGAAGGGUCUUGGCACCAGGCAAAUGGCCCGGCACGCUAGCAGUGCCCAGCGCCAGGCAGCUCCUUCCUGCCGGGCAAGUAAGAGCUGCGCUCUUACUGGCCCGCCAUAA